AUGGGUCUCCGUGAGAUGCUCAAGAAGAAAGAUCGGCUGGAUGAUGGUUACUCUACCGAUCCCGAAACGGUGGGCAGACUUGCCGCGCCCGAGUUCACUUUCAUCCGAUCAGACACGCACACGCAGGAGGUCAUCUACCCGCCGACGGGCCCGGAAUCAAACACGAGCGACGACGACAACAAUGCUUACCUGACGGCGCGGGACUCGGACAGCGGCCGGCCACCGCGCCGCAGCCUUGACGUCUUCAAGUCCAAGCCGCGGGCGCGUGGCAGCAGUGUUUCCUCGGUCAAGAGCGAGUCGGGUCUGGGACGGCUGUCGCAGCGGCUGCGUCUGUCGCGCCAGCCCAGCACCUCUGAGUACGUGCCCGAGGACCUGCCGCAGAUCCGCCUGCCGCUUGACGGGUCGGGGCUUGACAAGGAAGUCGCCGAGCUGCAGUGGGAGAACCGCGCCACUAUGCUUGCCCAGCAGAGCGAGAAGAAGACGCGCAGUCGUUCGGCCUCGCACUCGCCGGCGCCUCAGAUAGCCAAGCUGAACUUGGGAGACGAUGCUGAGAACGGUAGUAAUGACCGCGCGGCGCACGGCGGAACAAACAGCGGCAUCGUAUCGUCGCAGCAGACAGACGAGGAUAUACAGGAGGCGAUCCGGCUGCACGAGGAAGGGUCGCUCGAACAAUCUACCCAGUUGUUUGGCCGGCUUGCUGACCCCAACGGGGCUAAUAAUCCCCUGAGUCAGGUGUUGUAUGGUCUUGCCUUAAGACACGGAUGGGGCUGCAUACCAGAUCCGGAGAAUGCUGUGACGUUCCUCUCAGCAGCGGCGUCCAACGCGGCCGUGGUCGAGAACAUGGCGCUGCAAGCCGGACUGAGGAAGGGAGGCGCCGCCAAGGGAGAACUCGUCCUGGCCAUUUUCGAAUUGGCCAAUUGCUUCCGGCACGGCUGGGGAAUCAAUAAGGACCCCGUAGCAGCAAAGCAGUACUACGAGACCGCUGCCAACCUGGGAGACACAGAUGCCAUGAACGAGGUCGCUUGGUGCUAUCUUGAAGGGUACGGCUGCAAGAAAGACAAGUUCGCUGCGGCUAGGUACUACCGGUUGGCUGAAAAGAACGGAAACAAGACGUUGGGUAAUUCCUGGUACGUUGUCAUCUUUUUCCGUUUCACGACGCUUUUGUCCGUUUUACUUUCAACCGUUUCGUUUCCCCUGUUGUGUAUUGUGGCGCCGGCAAUUCGAGCUGCAGGUCGUCGCAGAUGA